GACCAGCAGACAUGGCCGGCUUCAGCAGAGAGGUGACGCUUGCCAGCGGCCUCUUGUGCAGCAGCUCCGGGUCCAUGCAGCUGCUGGAGCUGCACCGGAAGUUGCUGCAGCGCUGUGACGUCACUAAGGAAGAGUUCUGCUUCAUGGUCCAGAAGUGUCCCCGGUUCCUGCUGGUCCCCGGGGAACGGGCCGGGGACUGCACGGUGGUGGCCAAGACCUCCCUGCGGCUGUGCAGCAGGUAUGGCCGGGAGGAGAGCGGCGGCUGCCGGGAGGAGGCGCAGGGCUGCCGGGAGGAGGCGCAGGGCUGCCGGGAGGAGGCGCAGGGCCGCUGCCCGCAGCUCCACAUCUGCAAGUUCUUCAUCUACGGAAACUGCAGGUUCGGGAAAGGCAGGAAGUCGUGUAAAUUCUCCCACGACAUUCGUUCAGCUCAUAACUUUGAGAUACUGAGAGAGUGUACGCUUCACGAACUGAACGAAGACCAGCUGUUCCUGCUUCUGCUGCAGAACGACCCCGCCCUGCUGCCAGAGGUGUGUCUGCACUACAACAAGGGCUCCGGUCUCCAUGGUGGCUGCACCUUCCAGGAGAACUGCACCAAAGUGCACCUGUGUCAGCACUUCGUUCAGGGCGACUGCAUGUUUGGACUCGGGUGUAAACGGCAGCACGCCAUCAACCAACAUGGCCGCCGCAUCCUGGAGGAGAGAGGACUGAGUGGAGCAGUCAUCCAGGAGCUGCCCUUCAUCUACAGGAACAUCCACCACCUCACUGCUGCUGCCACAGGUGACAACAACACACCUGUUCACCUCACUGCUGCUGCCACAGAGAAGCUUCCAGAUUCUUUUCCUAAAUCUGUGGAUCAGACGGACGAGAGGCAGGAAAUCUGUCUUCACUUCACCAGAAACAGCUGCAGGUUCCAGAUUUCUCUUUGUGUAGACGAGUGUCGCCUGAUUCACUUCCAGCUCCCCUACAAGUGGGAGGUGUUUGAUGGCGUCAGCUGGACCGACUUGCAGCCCAUGGAGGACAUGGAGCGAGAUUUCUGUGACCCGUCCAAGAGUCAGAGUUGCGCCAAUCAGCCCGUCAACUUCCUGACGAUGACUCAAGGGCGGCAGCCCGUUCGCCGUCUCUCCACGAUUUCCUCUGUAACAAAGCCACCUCACUACAUCCUGACGACUGUGUGGCUGUGGUACUAUAAAGGGGACCAGGGGAACUGGAUGGAGUAUGGACAGCCGGAUGAAAAGCAGCGCACCACUUCAGUGACAUCACAGACUCUGGAAGAGGCUUUUCUUUCUGGCAGAACAGCUGAAGUCAAAGUGGUGAAAGGCCAAAGACAUUAUGUCAUCAGCUUCCAAGACAUGUACCAGAGGAACCCCAAACACAAAACCAAGAGGAGAGUCUGUCGUCGACCACGCUUCUUCUCUGUGGCCGACGUGGAAAAACAGAAAACCCAUGACCUGAUGCGGAGCUGAUCCAGGGCCUGGUCUUGGUUCACCACAUCUGGACUGCUGGCAGCAGACUUGUUUGUGAUUAGUCAGAUGCUGCAAACCCCGCCCCCUUUUAUGAGAACGUCUCAGAUCCAGAUUGAGAAACCCUGGUUGAUUUACGGAGUUGAUUACCAGUUUAGGGCCUUUUAGAGCAGUGGUUCUGGUUACGGUCAUUAAGGGGUUACUAGUCAUGGUCAUUAAGGGGUUACUAGUCAUGGUCAUUAAGGGGCUACUAGUCAUGGUCAUGGUCAUUAAGGGGUUACUAGUCAUGGUCAUUAAGGGGCUACUAGUCAUGGUUAUGGUCAUUAAGGGGUUACUAGUCAUGGUCAUUAAGGGGCUACUAGUCAUGGUCAUGGUCAUUAAGGGGCUACUAGUCAUGGUCAUUAAGGGGUUACUAGUCAUGGUCAUGGUCAUUAAGGGGCUACUAGUCAUGGUUAUGGUCAUUAAGGGGCUACUAGUCAUGGUCAUUAAGGGGUUACUAGUCAUGGUCAUGGUCAUUAAGGGGCUACUAGUCAUGGUCAUUAAGGGGUUACUAGUCAUGGUCAUGGUCAUUAAGGGGCUACUAGUCAUGGUCA